AUGGGGAUAGAGGGAGACCCACUGUCCGUGAUCCUGUUCCUUAUAGUAUUCAACAUCCUACUGGAACUUCUAGCUGUACUGUGCAGUCAACUUGGGUAUGAGCCAAGCUUCAGUGAUAGCAAGACCUCGAAGAAAGCAUUUGCUGAUGACCUAACCCUGUUGUCGAAGAGCGAGAAGGAGAUGAAGAAGAUGUUGAAGGUAGUAGAAGAGUUCCUGGACUGGUCGAAGAAAAUGAAGGCUAAACCAUCAAACGCGAAGUGCCUGUCUAUGUCUAUGAAGUGUACUGGAGGAAAGUACAAUACCUAUGAUGCAGAGUUUGUACUAAGCGAACAACAGGUGCCGUCCAUUAUCCAAGCACCAAUGAAGUUCCUAGGAAUGUACAUGUAUGUAGAUCUUGAGGUGAAGGAAAUUCGGUCCAUGAUUAAGAAGAAGUUAGAAGACCUUUUGGAAACAACGUCUAAUGAUGAAAUCACCGGUCCAAUGAAGGCGUGGGUGUAUAACCACCUCAUCAUUAGUAAGAUGUCAUGGGGGUUUACUGUUUAUAACCUACCCAUCACAUUUGUGAGAGAGCUUGAGGCACUGUGUAACAGAUACCUUAAGAAGUGGCUAGGGAUUGCGCAUCCUUGUACCACCACCGUCCUCUACAGGAGUAGAGACCAGAAAGGAUUGCAGCUGAAAAACAUCUGCACUGAGUACAAAGUCAUCCAACUUAUUAAGGGACACCAACUUUGUAACUCAAGUGACCCCUACAUCAAAAAAGUGUACUCUAACCAUAAGGCUAUUGCAGACACACAGAAGAUGUGGUCUUAUCCCAAAGAGCUGAAAGACCGUCAGCGCCAACUUUACUUCCAAGAGUUAGUUGGAAAACCUGCAGUUGGUACAACUGGCCUCAGUCCGGAACUGUUAAAGUUUCAUGUCAAUGCUAUCCAUGACACUGCGUCAACACCUAGCAACCUAAAGCUUUGGAAUAAAGCCGUUUCAGGAAACUGUAAACUCUGCAGCAAACAAGGGACACUCAAUCAUAUCCUCACGUUCUGCAAGGUUGCACUGAGACAGGGACGUUUCAACUGGCGCCAUGAUCAGGUCCUACGUGAAAUCAUGAAGACUGUUUCAUCACAGAUUGAAGAGUUUAAUUCCGACAUCGCCAAGGAAUCGAAGAGGGCACCGUCGGUCUUCCACAAGGCAGGCAAUAAGCGCGAGAAGGUUACCUUAGCUGACCCAACUCAUCAUCAGACCAAAAGAUAUUUCUUUUCAGAUGCCAACGACUGGAAGAUAAUAUUUGAUGAGGAUGAGAGACAGAGGAACUUCCCGCAGCACAUUGCAGCUACACCACUAAGACCUGAUGUAGUGAUCUAUUCAGAUAAAGCAAAGAAGGUUUAUCUAAUGGAGCUGACCUGUGGAAAUGAGCAGAACUUUGCUGAUCAAGAGAAGCGAAAGAUGAAGAGAUAUCAGCAGCUGACAGAAGAGAUAGAAGCCAACGGAUGGGCUUGCAAGCUCCAGACAGUAGAAGUGGGAGCUCGAGGCAUUUACAACUAUAGCCUCCCAACCUUUAUGAACCACCUGAACGUAAACAACAAAGAGAAGAAGAAGGCCUGCAUGAAGAUCGCUGAGAUCAGCCUGAGGGCAUCGUAUACCAUCUAUUUGUCCAGAAACAAUACCAUAUGGACAGAUGAUUGGGAGUUAGUCAAGAGACCAGUAAUAGCAUAG